AUGUCGCAACAACCCGUUUCGGCCCCUUCAUCGCGGUCUGGCAGUAGAGCCAGUUCACCCACUUUAGACGUGAAAGCUGCUAAACGUGCGAGCGGAAUUCGACCGACGGUGGCGUCGGCGUCGGUGAGCACAGAUGGCGAAUCCAGCAGCAAAUCAGUGUGCUCUAAUUGCGGAGCUACAUCCACGCCUUUAUGGCGACGAUCUGCCAACGAUGAGCUUUUAUGUAAUGCCUGUGGCUUAUAUUUAAAACUACACAAUGCUCCCAGGCCCAAGAGUUUGAAACCGCAUGUGGCGCGUAAGGAUGCUCGUGGAGAGGAAGAUAUCAUUCAACCCGUUUGCUCCAACUGCAACACUACAACAACACCACUUUGGCGACGAGAUGACGAUGGAUCCACGCUCUGUAAUGCUUGCGGCUUAUACCUUAAACUCCAUCACGAAAGGAGACCCCUUUCAAUGAAAACUGAUAUCAUCAAGAAAAGACAACGGUAUGAAAAUGGGCCUACAGCACCCAAAGCACGAUCGUCACGAAAAGGUAAUAAACAAGGGGAUGAUGGAGAAAACUCCAAGAUGUCUCCUCCAAGCAAUUCGGACGACAACGAAUCUCCACCUGAUUCAUUUGAACAAUCAGAGCACACCAUGGACUACGCGUAUCCAUACUCCCAAGAUGACAACGGCGACGAUGCAGAUGGAGCAGCAGGUAGCCUCGGCAUGUCAAGCUACUAA